AUGGCACGCAUAACACCCUUAGUACUUUGCCUGAUCAUCUGUUCUGCCUUCUCGGGAGGCCAAUGUCAAGUCAGGAGAUCGCGCAAAGGUCCUCCAAGGAUUCCAUAUAAGAAUUCAUCUAGGACUCAACUCACCUCAAACGGGCGUGAGCCCAUCACAAAGUGCAAAGUUUACACUCGUGAUGCAACCCUCGAUCACUUUUCAUGGGCAACUCCGCCUGACAACCGUACUACCUUCAAGCAACGUUACUUCCUGUGUAAUGAUCACUGGAAGUCUCACAAGGAUGGGACUCGGGGGCCGAUCUUCUUCUAUGUUGGCAACGAAGCUGACGUCACAUUGUACUUGAAUGCCACCGGGCUGAUGUGGGAAAAUGCAGCAGCCUUUGGAGCUUUGCUUGUGUUUGCAGAGCACAGGUACUAUGGCGAGUCAAAGCCAUUUAAGAAGGCGCUGCGCCACCACAUGCAGUACCUGACAUCAGAGCAGGCAAUGGCAGACUUUGCUGAGCUCAUUAUGGAGCUCAAGGAAGACCUGGGCGCGCAAAGCAGUGCUGUCAUUGGCUUUGGUGGAAGCUAUGGCGGCAUGCUUGCCACGUGGAUGCGCAUCAAAUAUCCGCACAUCCUGGACGGUGCCAUAGCUGGAUCUGCGCCCAUCUGGUCCUACCUGGGAGAAGAACCAGCAUAUGACUCCGGCAGCUACGCCAAGAUAGUGACCGCUGAUGCCUCAGAAGCAGGAGGCUCAGCGCCUGCAUGCGCGUCUAACGUCCGCGAGGUAUGGAACCAGGGAUCCUGGGCAGUGCAGAAAAUUUGCUUGGACAUGCGCAGGGGCAAUUACCCGUACCCUUCCAGCUACAUUCUGAAUGGCAACGGCAUCCUUCCUGCCUACCCUGUGCGUGUUGCAUGUGAGUCUCUGCGCCAGGAGGAUCUCGCCGGAAGCGACCUGCUCUCAGCAUUUGCCGAUGCUCUGGGCGUCUUCUACAAUUACACAGAGGAUGUGGAAUGCUAUGACUUCGGAGCGGGUCCGAACCCAGAAACCGACGAGGACGGCUCGUUUUGGGACUACCAGUGGUGCACAGAGCAGUUCCAGCCCUUCUCAAAGGACGGCAAGCAUGACAUGUACUGGGCCCAGGUACCAUCUCAUACAUAUCACUCCCGCACAGAGCAUCUGUCACUGUUGCAGAGUGUUGGAUAG